AGCUAAAUGAUUGAAUUAAUCUUUUUCUCCCCCGAUCACUACUAUUUAUUUGCAUGAUGUGGUUGUCACUGCCGUCAUUGGACUUAUUCAGUAUUAGUAGACCUUAAAUUGAAGAAGCAGUGAUGAGUCAGUCUCAGACAUAAGUGUGGAGUCAUUGGUUAGGGGGACAGAGAGGGGGUUCUGGUGAUGAGAAUGCGGUUCUGGGAUUGUAUAUACCCUCUCAGGGACAUUUGAAAUGAGUCAAAAGCAUUCUUAUGGGGAACAUCCAGAGGUCAUGUCCCAUGUCAGUAUAAAUAACAUACUCAGGAGGGGUGACAAGGUCCUGUAGGGUGGGUUCAAAGGUUUAUGUGCUAUAUUAAAGGAGAGGUUCUCCAUGAUGGUGAUUUCAGGAUCGCUGCCAGUGCCACGAGCUAGUGAGGACAGAAAUAGGAAGAUAAUGUAGUUUAACACAUGGCUAAGGAGAUGGUGCAGGAGGGAGGGCUUCCGAUUUUUGGAUCAUUGGCUCCCUUGCGGAGAAGGCGAGAGUUGUACAGAGAGGAGACUUUGCACCUGUACUGGAAGGGAACCAAUAAUCUUUCUUGGAAGCUUUGCUAGUGCUGCUCCGGGGAGUUUAUACUAGGGUGGCAGGGGAAUGGGAACCAGAAUGCCAGGGUAGCUAGUACAACAUAGUUUACACACGCAGUGCCUUGCAUCGCAGGGCCUAUCAGCACAGAGUGGUCAACAUCAUUGAGAGCAUGUGAGUAUUCCUGCAAUGUGGCUGGUACGGUGCUUUCACUCAUUUUACACCCUUGUGUCCACCCACUCAUCUUCUCCCAGCCCUUGUGCUGGUGAAGGGCACUGGCUUGUGUGAAAGACACUGUGACCACAUGGGUCAGCCUUUGGCUACUAGCUGGCAGAUAAUUUGGUCACACCCUUUACUAACCAGAACGUGGAGUGUUUGUUGCAGUGUUCACUCGGGUGUUGCUGAUGAGUGGUGAAUCUGAACACGUGUUUCCUUACCCUUCCUCUCCCAUAGCCCAAGUAAGCUGAGGCCAUUCCCACAUCCAUUUCUUGUGUUUGCUGUCAACAUCAGAAGGAGGCUGUGUGGACGACAGUACUGACACAAUUCUCAACAUGUUCAUCCAUUAGGAUCACAGAAGCAAUGGUGUUGGCAGAUCCACACAUCCUGAUCAGCGGCUCGGGUGGGAAGCAGUAUAGAAUGUCAACAGCCAUUGGUGACAUGGAGGCUUACACCAAACUCACAGAACAAGAUUGAUGGUCAGGCUGAUGAAAUGGUUGCAGCUGCUCCACCAACUCAAGGCAGAGGUUCUCAUUGUAAAUAUGAAAAGUUAUCCGGCGCUGCACUGCCCUAUUUGGCGGAACAUGAUUUGGCACAGCUGGGUGUGAGCACCCUGGGAGAUCGAAUAAAACUUAUCAAUUCUAUCGAUGCCCUCUGGAAGAGCCCUAUUGACGCGAAGGUGUUCAACGACCCGAUCCACGGCCACAUUGAGAUGCACCCACUGCUGGUCCGCAUCAUAGACACGCUGCAGUUCCAGCGUCUCCGCUUCAUUAAGCAGCUCGGGGCGACGUACUUUGUGUAUCCCGGAGCCUCCCACAACAGAUUUGAGCACUCCAUCGGUGUGGCACAUCUGGCAGGAGAACUGGUGAAAGCCCUGUCUGGCCGCCAACCGGAACUUCGGAUUAACCAUCGGGACAUCCUGUGUGUUCAGAUCGCUGGACUCUGCCACGAUCUAGGUCACGGGCCAUUUUCACACAUGUUUGACGGAAAAUUUAUCCCCCAGACGCGGAAAGGCUUGAAAUGGAAGCACGAGGAUGCUUCGAUAGCUAUGUUCCAGCACUUGAUCUCCUCCAAUAAGUUGGAAGGGGUACUACAGAGCUAUGGCCUGGUGCUGCCAGAAGAUGUGGAGUUUAUAAAGGAACAGAUCCGAGGCCCAGCGACAUUGAUUCAUGGAGAGGGUAAUCCUCUGAAAGGGUCGGUGUGGCCGUACAAAGGCCGUCCUCAAGAGAAAGGCUUUCUGUAUGAAAUCGUUGCCAACAAACGAACCGGGAUUGAUGUCGAUAAGUGGGAUUACCUGGCCAGGGACUGUCACCACCUGGGAAUCCGAAACAACUUUGACUUUGAACGCUUCCUCAAGUUUGCUCGAGUUUGUGAAGUUGGCAAAAAGAACCUCAUAUGCACCCGAGAUAAGGAGGUUGGCGAUCUGUACAACAUGUUUCACACACGCAACUCCUUGCAUCGCAGGGCCUAUCAGCACAGAGUGGGCAACAUCGUUGGUUGUAUGAUCACGGAGGCAAUGGUGUUGGCCGAUCCACACAUCCUGAUCAGCGGCUCGGAUGGGAGGCAGUAUAGAAUGUCAACAGCCAUUGAUGACAUGGAGGCUUACACCAAACUCACAGACAGUAUCUUUGAACAGAUCCUGCACUCCUCUGAGCCCGAGCUGCAGGAAGCGAGGCACAUUCUGAACAAUGUCAUUUGUCGCCGUCUUUACAAAUGGAUUGGGCAGACGCAGCCUGCAGCAGAGACGAUAAUUCAGCAGGAAGAGUUUGACAGCCUGGCUGACCAAGUGGUUGCAGCGGUCCCGUCUACACCUGUGGACGUUCAGCUCCGGGCAGAAGAUUUCAUUGUAAAUGUUGUUCGAAUGGACUAUGGAAUGGCAGAGAAAGACCCUAUCAACAAGGUCCGAUUUUACUGCAAGAAUAACCCCAACUGGACAAUCAAAAUCCGUAAGGAUCAGGUAUCCCAGCUGUUGCCGGAGAGGUUUACAGAGCAGCUGAUCCAAGUGUACUGUAAGAAGACUGACGAGAGAAGUGUGCAGGCUGCACGGAGGCACUUUGUCCAGUGGUGCAUCAACAGAAACUUUACCAAGCCCAGGGAUGGCGAUGUUGUUGCCCCUGAGCUAACGCCACUGAAGCCCGAUUGGAACAACAGUGACAGCGACAGUGAAGACUCCAACUCCAGGAAUGUGCUGCCGUCUUAUAACCAUGCAAACAGCCACAGAUCCAAGGCAAAGCUUUUCGAUUAGGAAGGAAAGGAUUUAUUUUGUGAAUGCCAGGAUCAUUUUCCCUCUAGUCCUAAUAUCUUUAAUCCUGUGUGAGUGCAAUGGUCUCCACAUGCUGCUUUACCCCAAAUAUUAUCCAAAUUAUAGACCAUUCUUCUUUAGAUAGAAAAACGUGAUCGUCAUGUAAAGAAGUACGGACCUAAAGGCUUCAAAGUCAGAAUCGGAUGGUUUUACAAAAUCAGUUGUUUCAUAAAUGACUGUUCCAGUUCUAGAUGACAUCUAAACUUAAACUGUGAAGCACAUUGCUGUUACAUUUCAAGCAGCUUCUACACUUGUGUUGAAGGGAGUGGAUUGUGAUUAUCUCAGAAGGUGAAGCUCUUGAUUGCAGUCUCUUUGGAUUCUUCCUCAGCAAGUCACCACUGGAACUGUGAAAGUCUGCCAUUGGGAUAAUGCAUAUUGACUGCUCCUACAAAGGGUCGUAUGGAUCACUGAUUCCUGCUUGCAAGGAAAAAAAAAUCUUCAAAAAUUGCCAAAAAUCAAGUCCCUAUUCUGUUAUACAAGGUUUUUUGUCAUUGUGCUAAUCAGAGCUAAUUACAAAAAUGUCCUGGAUCUAUCUAGUUGUUGCUUGGUGGGGGAGAAGGUUGCUCUGAAUUUUUCAUUUGCUCAUUAUGUUGUAUCUCUUUUGGGUUUAAAAUGUAUCAGUGCAAAUGUAGCAUUCUAUUUAACUCAGCUGAAAUGUUGGGGACAGAAGGAUGGGUCUUCAUCUUGUGCUUCAGGAUCAACUGGAAAUGUUGCCACCCCAAUACAGCGUUACUCUGGGGGUUCAGCGGCAGUUCUAUAGGCUGGUGAUAGUGGAUCUGGUCAUAACAUUGAAGGUGAACCCAGCCUGCAAGACACCUCCAUUCUGUGGCAUCUGUUGCUAACUGCUCCUAGUUAGAGUGCUGUCUGUCCAUUUAACUAUCAUGCUUUUACUGGUAAUUAUAAACUCUGGAUACCCUUAAAAUUUCUAAGAACUACUUUUGCAGUAUUAAUUCCAGUGCACAAGGCUAACCAGUGCAGAUUAUUUACCCUUAAACAUAGGGAUAAAGAUUACGAUUUUAUAAAUCAUAGUUUUUGUAAGAUUAAAAACUGCCUGAAAUCCUGUCCAAUUGCAUCAACCAUCUCAUUUCUUUUGUUGUUUAGUUCAGCCAUUCCGAGUGACUGUUGAAACGGGGUCAGUAUUUCCUUACUUCAUUGGGGAACAUCUUUUCUCAUCAACAGUAAAAGUAUUUUAUUCAGUGAGUUUUAUUGGAGAAUUUGUCUCUUCCAUGACCUCAGAGAAGGUGUUUAAAUGCUGAAGGAUAUCUGUUGGCCACACAGCUUCUUGCACUGUGAACUUCCGGCAGAAUCUUUACUGUGGCCAACAUGUUUUGACCAGAGAUUGUAAAAACUAAAGAUUAAAAAAAGCCAUUCUGCAUUUCUGUACAAUGUAUAAUUGCACGUACCAAAGAGAAACGCUUUGCAACGUGAUGAGUGGGGGAGGAUACAGUGGCUUUUAUUUGUUAUUUUUGGAGAUAAGCACUUUCGGUCCAGUGAGCCCACACACACGAACUAUCAACUACCUAACCCAUACAUCUUUGGAGGAAACUGCAGCAUCUGGAAGAAGCAUACUGUCAUGAUGCAAACGUGAAAUAUCCUUACAGACAGCAAAGAGAAUUGAACCUGGGUCACUGUAAGUGACGUGCUAAUAACUAUGCCACUGUAACACCCUGAUCUGAAAGGCAUUUGACAUAAAACUAAUUGUAAUACUCACCUGCAUGCAGCUCACAGUCUUGGCUACAAUUCUUAAAGUACUAUCCAUUUUGCUGUUUCUUCAGCUUUCAAAAUACAUCAUUUUCAAACAUAAUUAGACCUUUCUGCACUGCUGUUUCAGGUAGACCACGUAAUGUCCUAGCAAUGCUCUUGAACAAACUUGCAUUCUUUCAGUGCAGAUGGUGUCAGCAGCCUCACAGUUCCCCUGAUCUCCCUUUGACUGUAGAGUUCCCCGGGUGCUCCUGUUUCCUUUCUCAUGCCAAAGACUUGUUGGUCGGAAGUUUCAUAAGGGAAACUAAGAAAGGAUGUGCUGGCAUUGCAGAGGAGUUCACGAGAAUGAUUCUUGGAAUGAAAAGGUUAACCAUAAGGAGCGUUUGAUGGCUCUGGGCCUGUACUUGAUGGAGUUUAAAAGAUUGUUGGACAGUGAGGAAGGCUAUCAUGGCUUGCAGAGGGAUCUGGAUCAGCUGGAAAAAUGGCAGAUGGAAUUUAAUGCAGACAAGUGUGAACUUCAGUAUGACCAGUCAGGU